AUUACCUGAGGGGCUCAUUCGGCCAGGGAUGUUUGACCUUGGAAAUGGUGCACUUAAUCAACUAUAAAUAAACGGAGACUGAUUCGUUACACCAAGAUGAAUGGCAAGUCUUUGGGUUUUGAUGAAAAAAAAAAAACUUCGUAUAACGUAUACAUCUAUAUACAGGGAACACGUGUAUCCCAGAAGCUUAUUACGCUAAUUGUGACGCAACAGUGACGCAAUAAUUUGCAUACAGAUCAACUAAUCUUUACAGUAGCGUUCCCACUGAAAAGCAGAUCUGGCAUAUUUUUAAAGUUUAUCACACACACACACACACACACACACACACGAAAGUUUAUCACCUUCGACGCAAGAAUUUUAGCGACAUCUGAUCUGUCAGACUAGCCUAGGUCCUCAGUGCGACAGGUGCUGAGUUUUCUUUGUAGUGAAAUCAGAAUUUUUGGCGCCGGCACGCGCUCACCAUGCCCGUGCUCACGAGCCCGGAGUUCGCCACCCAGUUCAAGGAGAAAUGGCUGAGGCUCCAUCCCGAGGACGAGGACAACGUGAGCGGCUCCGUCCACCUGGACGACAGCCUCACGAGCCUCCACUGGCUCCAGGGCUUCUCGAUCCCGGGCGCGAACCCGGACCUACCCCCGAGCUCCUCCAGCAACUGCCCGUCGUCGGAGCCCCAGGGCACCGGCUCGCCCGCCAGCCCGCCCGCCGGGGACACGGCCGCCACGGGCAUGAUGCCUCGCGGCCCGGGCACCCCGCUCGCGUGCGGCAGCGCCACCGCGUGCCUGAACUGGGGCCGGCGACGACGGGAGCAAGUGGCGGCGGCGGCGCCCGAGAGGCCGGCGGGCGAGGACACGGACUACAGGACGACCCCUCAGGUGAAGCCGCCUUAUUCCUACGCCACUCUUAUCUGCAUGGCCAUGCAGGCGAGCAAGGAGACGAAGAUCACCCUGUCGGCCAUCUACAGCUGGAUCACAGAGAACUUCUCCUACUACAGGCACGCGGAGCCCAGCUGGCAGAACUCAAUCCGUUACCACCUUUCAGUGAACAAAUAUUUCAGGAAGGUGCCCAGGGAGAAAGACAAGCCAGGAAAAGGUGGCUUCUGGCAGAUCGACCCUCAGUAUGCUGACAUGUUUGUCAAUGGGGUCUUCAAACAGAGGCGAAUGCGUGCUUCUCGCGUCGGCUCCCGAAAGCUGAGGAGAACCUCACGCAGCUUGGUGUCCCCAUACAGUUCCAUUGGGUUCACGCACCACAACGGGCACCAACCCGGUUUUGGUUACUUGGAAAGUAAUCAAGGCCCUCAUGCAGGGCUGGCUUUGGGCAACACACCUAAGCAGCCUGCACCGAAACAAAGUUCCAUGGCAGCAAGGACCAUGGGUGAACAGCUGCUGGUGCCUGAACUAAAAAAGCUUGAGAGAGGAGAAACAAGAGAUUUUGACUGCAGCUCCGUGGUUGAUGACUUCUUCAGUGGCAGAUUCGACAUACUCGAGGACUUGGAUAUCAGUACUUUCCAGAGCUUGCUAGAGAGUGAGCUGGACUUCCCGCUGCAAGACCAGUCCCUGGCUGCCGAGGAGAAGUGGAGUAGCAGUUGGCCUGAGAAGAUCUGCGGGUGGUACACGGAGGCUGGUGGUGUUGCAGGAGUUGUGUCCGACAACCCGCCGCAGCAGCAGCGCAUCCCUCCGUUCCCUCAACACUAUGAUGACCCGACCAUGUUUACGGAACCCCUGCAUUCAUGGGAAGAGCUGAAAGAUGUGCAGACUGGCCCUCUGGACACUGGAUUAUGUCACACCCACACCCUGCAUGGGAUGCCAGUUCAGAGAUUCCCUUAAAGUUACUUUUUGUUCACAGUGGCUAAACAUCAAAAAGUCAGUGUUCCGGUACUGCUGAAAAGAAAAGGCCAAAGAAUAAAGAGGUGAAAGUGAAAAUAAGUUAAACAC